AAGAUGAUUUUCAAAGUUUGUAAACACUUGUGAGCAAAACUCCCUCACUUUUGAUGUUAAGUAACAGUUUUGCAGUGGCGGCUGAAAUUAUUCAAUGUUUCGUAAUCAGUCCACGACAUAUUUAAACUUUCUCAUAAGCUAUAGCCAUCAUAAAAUUUUCAUUUAGCAAUUGUAAUUGUAGAAAAUUUUGAUAGGAGUAAUGUCAGAGGUUAGGCGUCAUAGUACUAGUUCAUCUGCUCAUUCAUCGGGAGGAUCUGAGAAGGAUAAGGACAAGCAGAAACCGUAUGUUAACAAAUUGCUCAUUUACAGCACGAGCAAAUCCGUGGAAGAUAUGGUGCAUGGCAUUUCCAAGACAUAUCCUAGCCUAAUAACAGACAAAAGAGCUAGAGUUGUCAUGAUUCCACAUGAAGAAGUUUCAAAUGCAGUGGGUCUGAUAAGCGGUGGAGGGGCCGGACAUGAACCGUUUCCAAGUGGUCUGGUUGGCACAGGAAUGUUGACAGCAUCUGUAUCUGGGCAUGUUUUCACAACUCCAUCUAGUUCUUACGGUCUGGCUGCUAUAUAUAAUGUCAACUUGUUCAAAAAAGGUGGCGUACUGGUGCUGGUUUUGAACUAUUCAGGGACAAUUUUACAUUUCACUCAAGCUUGUGAAUUUGCAAGGGACAUGUCAAUAAGAGCAGAUACCCUUGUGGUUGGAGAGGACUGCUCUCAUCAGAAGGCUGGUAACAAAAAAGUUCUUAUUGGAAAGAGGGGACUUGUUGGCAUUGUAUUCUUGAUCAAGAUUGCUGGUGCAAUGUCAGUGAGAGGAGCUAAGAUGGCCGUUAUAAAAGGAGCAUUGAGCGAUGCAGUGAAUAUGAUGGCGAGCAUAGCGAUCGGCAACAAGUGUUGCAUUGUGCCAGGUCAGCAUGAACCGCACUUCUCUGUCAGACCCAAUCACAUCCAGAUAGGGGUUGGAGUGCACGGACAAUCAGGCAAUGAGACCUUAGAGUUUUCAUCCAGUAGUGAAACUGUGCGGAUAAUAAUGAAGAAGAUCAGUUCUGUUCUGAAAUUAAGUCCUGGAAACUCAGUGUGUGCAAUAGUGAGCUCACUGGGAGGCAGCACACUCCUUGAAUGCUACACCAUUGCGGCCGAUCUCAGUUAUGAGCUUGAAAAGAUGGACAUACAUCUUGAAAGGAUGUACGUUGCAACGCUAUUCUCAGCUCUGGAUAUGGGAGGCCUACAGGUGUGCAUUAUGAAAGUGACAGAGGAAAAUAAGGACUGGAUCAACUGCCUGGAUGACCAUACUGACGCACCGGCCUGGCCUGGAAGAUGUAUAUCCUACGAGAAGAGUAAAUACAUAUUCAGAGAGGCUAAAUUCAACAAAAUACAAUAUAAACAUGGAAGUAGAACAUAUGAUGAAAAGCAGAGCGCAAUUUUCAGAGGUUGCAUCGAAAGAGUUGCACAUGCAGUAAUGGAUGUUCAUGACGUCAUCGAAAAAUUGGGUCGCAUGGAUGGCUAUGGAAACUGUGGUUUGGAUUUCAAAAUUUUUGCUGAAGUUAUCCUGCAAGAGUUGAAUGACCUGCCGUUUGGCUGGCCGAACCCUUGCAUGCUGAAACUGUCGAAUCUGGCCUCGGAGGAGAUGGGAGGCAUGUCGGGAGGUCUGUACAGUCUGAUGUUGAAAGCGGCCGCCCAGGAGGCUCCUGAUUGGCCCAGGUGUCUGCAGGCUGCCGUCAAUGCUGUCACCCACUACACCGCCGCCGAAAGAGGCGACGGUACUAUGGUAACAUCAAUUAUUCUACUUCAAUCUCAAUUUAUAGACCCACAAUACUCUCGUGUUAAUCGUUAG